AGCCGUCCGGAGCCCAGCGAGCAGCUACCCAAACCCAAAGCCCGCCGCCCGAGAGUCUCCACACGCGCGCCGCCGCCGCCGCCGCCGCCGCCAUGUCGCAGCCGUGGCAGUGCCCCUACUGCCGAGCGUCCGGCCCGGCGCGGUGCGCCACCACGCAGCCGCCGCUCUCCCGCGCUGUCUCCGAGUGCACCGCCUGCGCCCGCCUCGUCCUCGAGCGCCAUCUCCACACCCACCCCUUCUUCCCCCUCGUCCCCUCCAUCCACCCGCUCCCCCUCGUCACCGCCGACCUCCCCACGCCCUCCUCCCCAUCCACCAACGACGACGACGACCCCUUCCUCCCCGCCGGCUUCGUCUCCGCCUUCUCGGCCUUCUCCCUCGAGCGCCACCCCGUCCUCGCCCGCUCCGCCUCCGCCUUCUCCGGCCACCUCGCCGAGCUCGAGCGCGCGCUCGCCGUCGACUCCCCUGCCUCCUCGACCCCGGACCCGUCCGGGCCCAUGGUCUCCGUCGAGAGUCUCCGCGCCUACCUCCAGAUCGUGGACGUCGCGUCCAUACUGAGGCUGGACCGGGACAUAGCCGACCACGCGUUCGAGCUCUUCAAGGAGUGCUCCACCGCGACCUGCCUCAGGAACCGCAGCGUCGAGGCGCUGGCUACCGCCGCACUCGUCCAGGCCAUCCGCGAGGCGCAGGAGCCCAGGACGCUGCAGGAAAUCUCUACUGCUAGCAAUCUUCCUCAGAAAGAGAUAGGAAAAUACAUCAAAAUACUUGGCGAAUCAUUGAAACUAAGCCAACCUCUUAAUAGCAAUUCAAUAGCAGUUCACAUGCCUCGGUUUUGCAACCUCCUUCAGCUCAAUAAAUCAGCUCAGGAACUUGCAGCCCACAUUGGCGAGGUGGUUGUUAAUAAAUGCUUCUGCACACGGCGAAAUCCUAUAAGCAUAUCUGCUGCUGCUAUCUACCUUGCAUGCCAGCUUGAAGACAAGCGCAAGACUCAGGCAGAGAUCUGUAAGGUAACAGGCCUUACAGAGGUAACUUUGCGUAAAGUUUAUAAAGAACUGUUGGAAAAUUGGGAUGAUUUGCUACCCCCUGACUACACACCAGCUACACCACCAGAGAAAGCUUUCCCUAUGACAACCAUAUUUUCAGCUCGCUCAUCUAGCGGAAAAGAUCUUUACCAGGAUAAGCUGUUGGAUAGCAUUAAGCAAAAGAGCUCUGAAACUGUAGAGCUUGAUCACAUGGUACUUGUAAAAGAGGAAGAAGACCGAAAAGCUGGUCCACUUGGCCGAUCUCUUUCAAAACCUGAGCCCCAUGACUUGAACCAGGCAUGCUGGCAGCAGAAUGUUCCAUUCUCAACAUCUCCGAAAUUGGACCGUGACAAGAUGGAAACAGGCAUUCGUGGGUUUAACCUUAAUGAGGCAUCAUGCCCAAUGGAUUCUGAUAAGGCAGACAUAACAGUGAAGCCAGGCUUUGCGGAUAGAUGGUUAACUGAACCAAAGGUGCAUCCAUCUUCUCCCAGUAGGCAGCCUGUACCAUGGCAGCUUAAGCAAUCGGCACCAGCAACUGGAUCAUCACAUUCUAGGAUUCGUGGGAUGCAGUUGGACCUUCUGGCUGCACGAGGAAAAAGGAGUGCCGGGGAUGGUGGCGAUGGCUUUGAUAAAGAGGGGAAGUGAAGGUUGCAGCUGAUCAUGUUUAUAUAAUGAACUUAGAGAAAUCAGCUCUGUAAAUAUAGAUGUUCAUCUCUAGUCGAGAUUAAUUUGAAAACUCGAGAUUAAUUUGAAAACGUCUGUAGGUCUGAUGCAUCAUGCAGGUGCUCAUUUCUUUUGCGCCAUAAGUUUACCAAUGUUGAAAAUUUUACCAUUAAUUAAUUAGCCUUUUAACUCUGUGAUGA